GUUAAGUGUUUUACGGCAUUGUAACCAGCCAAUGAAAAGCAAGAUCAGCAAUAUAAUUCCAGUGACGUCACUAUAGUCACUCUACACACACACACAUCUGACAAUCGUACACAUUCAGUCGGGGUUUUCCUUUUGCAUUCAUGAACGUGUGUCAAGUAAGUGAAACACUUGUUACAAGUUAAGAUGUUAUCCUUUCAUUAUACUUUAAGAACAACCUGAUUUAAAUUGAAAUUAUUGGUGGUAUAUCUUUGCAUUUGAUUUUUUCAAUGGCUGGUAUGAUUUAUUAUUUUUUUUUUAAUAUUUGUUUUAGGGAACUGGUGUCCCCCCUACUUUACAAGUACGCCAUUUCGAUUGCUCCUUGACGCAGAGGUCGAAUCCCAACAACCUACCUAGUUAGUGUCCGAACUCUCUUGUGACUGAGGAUUUAUCCGUAGUCAAAAAUCAGCAUUGCCGUAGAACUUAAGAGGACACAGGCGUUUACUUUGAACUCAAGUGUUAAUGGUAGGUAGGCUAAAUUUAAAUUAUUUACGUGAGUAACGGUGUAUACACAAUCACCAAGUAAGACCUAUUAAAUUAAUAUUAAACAGUGUGUUAAUGUUAAGAAAUGCAUGGUGCCGUAGCCUUAGCCUUAGGCAGAACAUAGCCAGAGCACGAAUUGUAGAGUAGGCUGCAGUUCAGUGCAUUCAUAAUGAAUUAAUAAUAUAAUGAUACAGUUACAGCUGCGGUACCAUAAAUUAUUAUAAAUUUCGUAACUGGUGUUAACUGUUAACAGCAUGAGGCCUAUUUAUUAUAUUGGUAUUCUGACUUAAUUGAGUUAAUUGUGGAUAAUGGAUAGGCUAAAAUUUUAAAUACAAACUUAUGAAUGAUUUCCAAACUUUGGUCCAAAGAAAACAGAAUUAAAAGGAAUUUCCUUUUUUAAAUUUAAAGGAUGGCAGCAUAGGCAUAGGAUUAGGGCUGUUACUGUAAUUAAUAACAGUGACUGGGCUAAAGAAAAGAAAUAAAUGGGAAAGCUAGUUAUGACAUUGACAUGGGCCUACUUAAAAAAUAAAGGAUAGUAUAGGGCUGUUAGGGCCUACUACUUCUGCCAAGUUCAGGUCUGAUAUGUGUUAGGCCUAUACUAUAUUUAUAUUAUAAUCACCAUUCACUGAAUGAUUCAGUAGGUCACACCGUGUAGUAUAAUAUACUCUAUAUUAUUAUAUAAUUUAUAUCAUAUGACAAUAUGACAUUGAUUGACAUAUUAUGUAACUGUAUAACAGUAGACCCCUAUUACUAUUAACUUAACCCUAUAACCAUACUAUAGUGCCCAUGCCCAUAGUUAUAGCAUUAGUUAAGAAGUAAAUAUUGUAACAUUUAACAUAGUGAUACUGAUAAUGUCAAUGUGUCAAUAUAAUUAAUUAAUGUAAAUUUAGGCUACUAUUCCUAAUCAUAUAUAUAUCAGUAAUAUUACAGAGUAAAACUGAGUAAAUACUGAGUGUCCUCUCCAUUUCAAAUUAAGUUUGUAAUACACCUAUUUGUAAUGAGCACAAUCAUAUGGCAUGGCGUACAGCAAUGUUUCCCAAAAUGUUAAGGUUCACGGACCGGUGGACAAGUUUCGAAACUGCACCAGGGACCGGUGCCAGAUUUAUUAAUUACAUUUUCUUUCUAUUAAAACAUCAAUAUUCAUGCUCUCUGGACCGGUAACGUAAGGCUUGCGGACCGUUGCGGUACACGGACCACCGUUUGGGGAACGCUGGCCUACAGGAUUCAAUUUUUUCAUUAAUAUGAUGUACUUCUAAAUAUAUUAAAGAUAAAAUUGAUCAGGGAGAGCUAAUUAUUUAAUUUAUGCAGUCACCUUUCCAUAAUCUGUUUUCAUUAAUAAGAUUUAAAAGAAAUUAAGUUAACUCAACUAGUCAGACUACACAUCUUGCAUGUAGUAGUGGUAAAAAUAUUCAGACGAAAAUUGAUCUUACAACUUUUCUAUUUCAUUUCUUAUGAUUUAAUUCACCAAAUUCUUAAAAAUUCCGUGUAUGGUAAGGUAUCAAAUUACAGCUAAUUUUUGUCUUAACCACUACUUUUUAUAAUUAUAAAUUGAUAAGAUUAGGCAACCAUUGCUUUGGGUUUUGAGCCCAUGAUAACUUUUAACCCACAAACUGUGGCAAAGAUCAUUCUGUAGUGUGGGAGCUUUUAAGGGCUUUUUGAGCACCUUUAGAAAUAGCAUUAAAUGACAUAGAAAUAUUGAUACAAGACCCCAAUAAGUAUAUAUUUUUAGAAAGGUAAAUGGAUGGGGAUAAACUUGGCUAUAUUGCCCACCGAAACAAAUUUUUUGUUCAGUGUCCUUGACCUUGGAGUGCUCAAGGAAAAAAAAAUCGACAAAAUGCCUUGCUUUCAAGUGCUCAUAACAUCAUUAAUUUUUAUAGAUUCCAUUAAAAUGCUAAUUACAAAUGUGUUAGCCAAUUCAUUUAUGUUUCAGAAAAUGUAUAGUUUGCUAAGGUUUUGAUUACAAAAUAAACCUCUGAAAGCAAUUUUAGCAAUUUUAUGUCAUUUAUUACUGAAAAAAAUAAUCUGGAACAACAGCUAAAACCAUGUACAACAUACAAAAUCUCAGGCAAAAUAGUUAUUAUUGACUAGUAAACAUUUAAAAGGAACUGGGGAACUGAGUUGGAUUGUUUAACGAUAAAAUUUAUUAAUUCUGAUCAAUAAUCUGUAGCUUCUGUGAUUAAAAUUCAGUCAGUUCCUGCCCAACCUCCGGGCCUGGCUCGAAGUCUAACAGUAGGCCUACUUCAGUACCACUAAGACUUGAAUCAGAUGCACUAGAAUAAAUUCCUAACUGAGAUCUUCAUGGGGAAUGUUAAAAUCAUCAUUAGUAUCACUUAAAUCCUCUCCUAAAAAACGUUCAAAAAUAUUUAUAUUAGUUCUCGCACUGAAGCCCCAGUCAUAGCUUCAGUCAUUUUAGCGUGUAAAAAAAAAAAGAGCGAUAUAAAAUUCUGAUUAAAAAAUACUUAUUGGUACGUUAUCAAGAAACAGCUUGACUCGAAAGUUGAUUUAAUUAUUAAUAAAAGGAAGUGGCUAUGAUUCCGGUUAAAUAUUGGAUUGGAAUUUGCUAUCUGACAGUGUUUUUUAUCAGCUGCCACAGUACAGAACGAGAAUAUCGGCCAAUUUUUUUCGGCCGACUACAGUUCGUGGGUUAAAGACUAAAUAGAACAAACAAGUAGACAUGGUGUAAAACAUUAUCCAGGGUCUAUGGCGGCUAAUGAAAACUUAAAAGAAUAAAAAUAAGGAAAAUUACAUUCAACAUAGAAAGGCAUUUAACAUUCUAUAUAUUGGUUUAUAUAUUUAAAUUAACAAUUAGUUUUUUAUUUGUUCCAUCCUCAGACCCCAAAAGAUAUUGUUGACAGUCUUCAUUUCUUUGUGAAUGAAGAAUUGAUAACCAUUAAUCGGUUGGUCUAACAUCUGUGCCAUCUGAAGUCAUACUGGCUUUGUCAAACCCCAGCUUUUGCCAUAAUAUAAGACAUUUUCACGUAGCUAGGACGUUACGGUUUUAUGAUGCAUCGCAUCAAAGACCUGUUGCUACGUUACUCAAAGUGUCGUUCCUUCCAUGAGCUGCCAGCCCUAUAUCGCAGCUAUGCAACAUCUAGCUCUGGGGGCUCUCGAGAUAUGGGUCCUGGAAGGUAUUUCGGCACUCAGGCUGCAGCUGAGCCUUUCAUGAAUGGCAGCUCCUCAGCUUAUAUCGAGGAUAUGUAUGAGGCUUGGCAAAGAGAUCCUAACAGUGUACAUAAGGUAAGCUGGUAUUUAUGAUGUUGCAGAAAUAUUCAACUUCAUUAAAUGUUUAGAUUUCCACCAAGAAUUUUAAGGAUUUAAAAUAUAUAGGUGGUUAUCUUGAAAAUUGGGUAAAUACCUGGAAAGAAUGGACUGGUCUGUGAAGUAUUCAUAAAACAGGUAUAUAUGGGGAGAAGGUCAAUCAUGAGUGAAAUACCUCAAACCAUCAAAGAUGGAAGAUAGCAGUAACUUUGUGUGAGAUAAAAAAAAUCUUCUGUCUGCAAAAAAAAUUGCUGUAGUAUUACUAUUUCGGUUUCAUCUUCCAGAAUAAACCUGGAAUGUUUUUAAAUAUAACAAUAAUUUCAAGAAUAGUAUUAUCUGAUGGUGUCACUAAAUAUUGCAUAAUGGGGCAGAAGGCAAGAAAAACAUGCUUGUUAACUUUCCCCUACUGAAAGUGGAUAUUUGAUAUUUGGAAGAGGACAGAAAAGAAAAUUAGUUGCUUGUGAUAAGCCAGGGUUUCUUAACCUUUUUGCAGUUCCUCGCAUCCCCAUCUCGAUUUCAAAACAUAUUUCAUGCACCCUCGCAAUUAUAAAUGCUAGUAAAAUGCAAAUAAACCAGAUUUUUUCACGGUAUGGCUCGUCCUACACCCUCUGACUGCCUCCCACACCGUAAAGGGAUAGUGGGCUUCCCUGGUUAAGAACCUGUCUUAAGCAUUAUUUCCCUUUGAGGCCUUACUGGGUGCAAUGUAUUAUACUAACCUGGCAAGCAGUGAUACAUACAUUAUUAGCUUGAAAUAAUCAAGUAAAUUAGAUGCAUUUAUCACUCAAGUACAAUUAAUAAACAUGUAAAGGGGUUUAAAGGGUUAAGGUCAAUUGCUUUUAAAGAUCAGACUGUUUAUCUUGUUUCUAAAAUAACAUUCAGACUAAUUAGUAUUGUUGUUGUAGAUUAGUUUGUUUAGAAAUUAUUAAACUAAACAAACAAAUCCCAUCACAAAAAAACUGAUAUUUACUAGUAAGAUUGAAACCACAGCACCCCCACCCUACACACUAAUUUUAAGGAUCAACGGAAAACUCGGACAAGCAUUUUUCAGGACUGAAAAAAUAUGUGCGAUGAAUGAAAAAACUAAUCUCCAUUUGUUUGGAUCUAUAAAAAAUAUCUUAUCUUGUCAGCAUAUUGUUAAAUAAAUAAUAUUGAAAUACUUUUUUAAUGAUAAUUGUGCAAUCUUGGCUAAUUUUUAAGAUCUGUACAAGUUAGGGCAUGCAGGUAGGACAAAUUUAUAAACUUAGAUGAUUGCAAUCAUUUAGUGGAGCCUUAAAAUUUUUCUGUGAAGCUAAAAAACGAACAGUUUUAAGGGAAUUGUGAAAACUUAAAAAAUAUAAUUUCUUGCUAAUAAAUGUUACAGCAUCUAUAAUUGUAUGCAGCUGACAUGGCUGCUAGCAAUAAAAUGUUAAGUUGUGUUAAUUGCUAUAAACACAUGUAACUGAAGUGUCAUGAUAAAAAUUUAGUUAAGUAAUAUUCUCUGUACAUCAAGAUAUUUGUUGCCACUGUUUUUUUUAUAUUGCACUACUUAUUUUAUUACUAGUUAAUAUACCCGGCUUUUUUUAAACAAUGAUUUGGGGGCCCUUCCCGUUUCAAUUUAUAUUCAAGCUGGGCACAGCUAAAAACCAUGAUUUAAAGACAAAUUUAACUUUAAAAAAAAUCUUAUUAAAAAAAGUUAUUCACCAAAGCCAAAGCUAUGGUCAUUUAUUAAUGAAAAUAAAAUAGGAUCUCCAUUCCAAAACGGGAAUUUUAGGUAUCACUAAGAUAAAAAAAUCUUUCAGAUUAAUAUUCAUGUUAAUUUUUCAAAUUUAUCACAUUAAAAUCAAAAGGAAUUUGAAAAGAUGCCUUUGAAUUUUUACUGUUUGGGCCCAUGGCGCCAAAAGAACUUUAUCUUUAAUAUCUUAUAGCAGUUAGUAUUUUAGGCUGGACAACAUUGUUUUUAAAUUCAGCAAAUAACGAAUCUGCAUAUUCUUGAAAACAAAGUUAAACGAUUUGACCAGCUGACUAUGUUUUUUUCUUCUUGGCUAAUAUCCAGCUAAUAUUAAAAGAAGCUUCAGUAGCACAGUUGCUUGCGCUCAAAAUCAGACAAAAAACAUUUCACCUGCCAUACAGAUCUUUUUUUAAAAGAAAUAACUUUUGGAUACUCUUUCUCAAAAUCUACAUGCAUUGACUUGUGGUGUCUCUACAAUUGGCCUUUUUCAUAACAGAAAUAGAAUUCUGGCACGCCAAGCACACUGGUUUCUCAUUAAACAAUGAAAACAAAAAUUCCAGUUCCCAUGAAGCGUUAAAAGUAUUGUUCUCACCUGUAACUUUUAGUUUUUUAUUUGCCAUUUUAGCUUUAUCUUUUUAGAAAUAAAAAUGCUUUCAAGAAUCGUUAGUACUGUCCCUCAGAAUUUAUCCCUGCCCGAAUUGCACUAACUACAAACACAGCUUUUAUCCUGCUUUCUACUCUUGGAAUUGAUCAUACUCCUAUCACUGAAUACCAGGUACUGGUCUGAUUUCAUCUAAAAAAUACAGGAUAGACAUACGGACCCCCCACCUGUUUAGACUGCCUAUUACAUUUCAACUGGUUCACAUUCCCCUGCAGUCAGCUGCCACACCUUUAGUACCCCAGAUCUCAUCUGUUAACUCCUUUCUUAUUAUUAUCCCAUGAAGCCCAGUCCUUAUAACAUGUGGUCCACAUUUUUGAUCUGCUGAUGUGAUAAACAUAAAUUACUCUUAACUGUCAAGCAUCCCUCUCCUUUUGCCACACCCCUUCUUUUUUCAUAUGCCACCACUUUUCCUGUGCUCUUUUGGAAUUUCCCAAAAAUACUGAAUCACUAAAUGUCUUUGUUUUGUUUUUUCAUCUCAAUUUAACAUGUUAAUUUUUUACACAAAAUGGUAAAAAUCUCUCAAGCUCUGUCGGGCCAUUUAAAAUCAGUCAUACUGGCCGCAGGUUGGACAGCACUGAUUUAAGACAUACAAUUAAUUAAAAUUCAACAUUUACAUACAUUAGAACCCGGUUAUGUUGACGGCCUCUGGGUUUGCCAGAAAGCAUAGCGAUAAUCGAUGAUCUAGAUCAGGGGUCUCCAAACUUUUCAGCCUCCCACCCAGCAAAAAUAUUUCCAACAGUGAAUAAACUGGCAUAUCAUGAACUGAUCCCAGUAAAAAAUCAAGACAGAAACUUAUUGUGUGUGACAUUUCAGAAGUUUAUAAUGAAUGUACCUGUAAAUAAUUUUAUUAAAAAAGGUAAAGCUACUAUGGACUGAAAUGUUACAUGUGUAAUGAAUUGUGACUUGAGACAUUGCUUUGCUCAUAAAAUUUACCCACCCAUUCACUGACAUAGUUUUUCUAAAUGCUGAUUUGUUACUUAUCCAUAAACUUGCGAUUCUUCCUUAUCCACAUACAUCUACUAUAUGAAGGUGGUAAACAAAUUUGUUUAAUAAAAGUACACUUAUGACUGUAAAACCCUAGUUAUACCAAAGCUCCCUUAAUAUAAACCCCUGAUUAUAAUCUUAUGUAAAACACCCCUAAUACCACACAAUUAACUGUAGUUUCUUAAAAUCUUACGACACAUAUUUCUGUAUAUUUAAAGAAUAUAAUUGCAUUAAGCUGCUAAUCUUUUGUUGAAAAAUGUAUUUCAAAUAUUUUUUAAAAUCAUAUUGAAUAAUGCUUUAUUUAAAAUAUGUGCACCAAUCACACCAAAAACUUUACUUUAAUAAACGUUUGGAUAAGGGCUUAUUGAAUAUACCUAAACUAAAAAUAACUUAUUUGAACCCCUUAAGGUCAAUUAACAAUAUUUGUUUACUCCUAACCCUCUACAUUUUACUAUUUUUUAAAUUACAGCUUUUGGGAUAAGGGGAUUAUGACCACACUAUCCAGUAACUAUCUUUAGGUCAGGAGGAAUGGCCAUGUCAAAUUUGGUUGUGAUCUAUUUGAUUUUCUUGUGAUCAAUCGACAAAUUUACAAACAUAGCCAUACUGAGCUUUAUAGAAUAGAUAGUUGCUAUAUAAAUAUAUUUAUAUUUGACUUCAUGAGGUUACUAUAAUAGCUUUAUCACUUCUCUUUGUAUAGAAAUAUUUGUAAUGAAUACUUGCUUCAGUCAGUUAAGUUAUUAUUUAUAGUCUUGCAUGGACAAUUCCAUUAAGCUUUAACUUUGUCUAAUCCCAUAGUUUUAGUAAUUUUUAUAUCAUUAAACUACAUAUUAAACUAGUUAUUUCCUAUUCUUUUGUAGUCAUGGGAUGCAUUUUUUCGACAAACUGCCAAAGGUGCACCUCCUGGGCAGGCGUACACUGCACCUCCAACUCUACGAGCAGUCAUGAUGUCCUCAGUCCCUGCUCCAUUGCCAAGGCAUGCAGUAGAGCAGGGCAUGCCAGUGGAUGAGAAAACUAUUGAGGAUCACCUUUCUGUACAAUCUAUAAUAAGAUCCUAUCAGGUUGGUGUUUUUUGUUGUUGUUGUUGUACGCCUAAUAUAUAUUUUUUUCUUUCAGGUUAAUCAUAUUUUAAUUAAUCUUUAGAUGACGUCAGAUUAUUUCCUUCUAUUAAUUUUUGUCUCUGUUCCAGCAAUUAAAGUUAAAAUAUGAGGUACCCCAUUCAAGCCAUGUAAAGUUAAUAAAUAGUGGAAUAAGAUAUGUUUAGGCUUCCUUUUCUGAACAUUGAGCUACAUUGACUUUAUUGUGAUCUUUGAAAACAUAAGUUUAAUUUGUUAAAUUUAAUUUAUCAGGUGUUUAUUGUAUUGUCUGCUGCAGAAGACAUCUAGUGGAAAUGUCAGCUUAAUUGUCGUGUCUUUUAUUAUAAACGUUCUACAUGUCUUGUUCCACUAUUUAUUUUCUCUAGAAUUUAAGCUGUUUUUACUUUCUUAUAUUUUAUUGACUGUCAAAACUAAAUAGGUAACAUGUUUGCCAAAAGUGGUUGUUAAUGAACUUCCUGGGACAGUGACAGAAAUUAAGCCCUGUCCUAACCUUUUGUUGAAAUGUCCUAUUGUGCUUAGAAAUUCCACAUUUCUCCCUUUUGGUAAAUUUCCAUGACAAGGUGAGCAUUGCUUAUCAAGAGCUAAUGUUUUAUCUUUCCAGAUUUUUGUCCCCAAAUGCAAAUUGUAAAAGAAUUAUCUUCCUAUAGAAAAUAUUUUGAACAGUAAUUGAAUGUGGAUUUGAGCACAUUUAGCUAAUUGUACUAAAAAGUGUAAAUCUGCUUUGUGUUGAUGGACUCUAGUUUUGGAAGCCAUUUCAUUUCCAUAUCAGUUUUCCACUUUUUGAUGGUCCCUGAAACCAUCUUGGGAUUUCACCUUUAGUUUCAAAUCAAAAUGCAAGGAAGCACAACUCUGAGGUUUCAUUGUGAUAAAAAUCCACUGCUACUGCAGUAGUGAAGCUAGAGGCUUGUUUUUAAUGUAGAAUUUUUAAAAUGCAUACCUGUAAAUUACUAUUUACACAUACAUUUUUUAAAAAACAAUUCCUUUAAGAUAUUUUUUAAAUAAUCUCCAAUAAAAUGAAUUUUGUUUACAAUCAGGUUGAUAUUAUUCAUCUUUUCAAAAAGUACUGAUUUGAGUCAUUUAUAGUUUCAGCUAAUUUUCAGAAAAUUUACAUUUUAUUGAUAUAUAUGAAGAGCAUGUUUCUUGUUCAGUUAUUUAUCAUCACUAAAUAGGGCCAACAUGGAUGACAGCUCAGUUAAAAUAUUACUGCAUUAUUUUCCAGUUAUUUUCUAAAAAGAUUUUGUUGGUAAACUUUUAAGUUAGUUCCAGUGAUUGUGAAUGUUAAGUCAAUCAUAGAUGCAAUAAACUUUUUAGGCAGAAGGAUGCUUAGAGAUAUGUGUCUGCAUAUAUAUGUAGAAACUUUAAAUGCUCUUGUAUCAAGGGAUUUGAAAAGGGGGGCAGCCCCUUGGACGCCAAAAUCUGAGGGUUGCCAGAAUGGUCAAUUAUCCCCUUGUUUAUAUAGGUCUUUAUCAGGGGUGUCCAACCCACGGCAGAGGACAGUUAUGAAAGCGGACCCUAUAAAUAGAUCAUAAACUUACUAUCAUCAGAUUGUGACUAGAGGUUUUGAUAAAAUAUCACUGAAAAAAAUGGCUUCUUUAGUGUCAUUAAAUGAACAACCAAACCCAAUAAAUUUAUGCAAAACAUUAAAAGAUGUAUAUAAAAAAGAUUUUAUUUGUCCAUUGUUAACAUAUCUGGCAUAGAUACUGAUGUUGUCCUGGUGGUGAUAGGUAAAAGAGAUAGACUUGUAAAAUAAUAAAAUUAAUAGACGUUGAUUCAAUGUCCUCCAAAAAUUCAUGUAUGGUGCAAUAUCCCUGCAUAGUACUGCAAGAAAAUUUAUGAGCCACAGCUUUAAAGAUGGAUAACGUCAUACAGAUAGUCAGUAAAUUUCAUAAGGGCCAAGGGAUUGCCAUUCAAAGUCCAGGAAUUCAUUAAAUUUAUGGAUGCUGACCAUAGGGACAUCCUUUACUGUUUUGGAAGUUAGCUGGUCAAGUUGAGUAAAACUACUGAAUUGUUUUAGUGAUAAAUGAUUUUUGAAAUCUUCAAUUUGUUUAUGGAAUCAAAAACAAAAUAUAUGCCAGUACUUGAAUUUGAAAAAUGGGUCACAGAUUGACUUUUUUUUUUUAAAGUAGACUUGACUGAUCAUUUAAAUGAUAAAAACUUAUGUCUUCAUGGUCAAAACCAAAUGAUCAAUUUUAAUGUUCCAAAUUAUAAAAGUGUCUGAAAUGAAACUGAAAACAAUGGCAAUCACAAAUUAAGGCAAACAAUUUUAUGCAUUUCGACUUGUGGGUCAAACACGGUCCAGUAAGCAAGGAGAAAUAGGCAGCCUAGCUUUUCAUAGGAAUUUGAGAACAGAUUUUAACAUUUCUGGAAAACUUAUCAAACUUUUGGCAUAUUUGCGACUCCAUUGUCAGUGAACAUAAAUAAACAUAUUACCUGCCAAUUUUCAAAUGGAAUUCUGAAAGCUACUAUCUGACAUUCAACUUAAAGAAAAACCAAGUCUAUUUACUGGACUUUUGUAAGACAUAUCCUCCAAGAGAAAAAUAUCCCUCGCCCUACAAUCACACCUCAUUCAUGUCAUCGCUAUUUUGAAGCACCAAAAUUUGUGAGCAGCUAUUUAAGUUUGAAACGCACAAACAAUAAAACUAGAACCCAAAUAUCUGAUGAGCACCUUGAGAACUCACUGAGAAUUUCAACUACUUCCAUUGAAUUAAAUAUGGAAGCACUAGUGUUUCAAAAAACAAUAUCAGGCAUCUCACUACUUUCACGUUGCUGUCUUGUCUAAAAAUUAGCUUACUUUUAUUGUAAAAAAAAAAUUAAAAUUAAUAAAGUUCAAAUAGCUUAAACAUGUUAACACUCAUAAACCAAUUUUUUUUUCUCGAUCAGCUAUCAUUAGUGUUAAUGUAUUUUAUGUGUGGCCCAAAACAACGAGCCUUCUUCAGAAGUGGCCGAGGGCAGCUGAAAGGUUGGACAUCCCUGGUCUUUAUCGUUUAUUGAUGAAAGAAAGGGGGGAUGUUUAGGUUUUGUCCUGGGUGCAGCUUUUCCUUGGCACGACCCUGCAUGUACCCGGACAUGAUAUUACUGUUUGUAUCAUUGUGUACGCUGGCUGAGAAAAUUAUUAAUAGACAUUGAAAAAUACGACAAUAAGUUUUGAAUGUCAUCUUAAGUUUUGAAUGUCAUUUUUUUGUAUUUAAAACAAUUAUGUUGAAAAUGAACUUGGUUGAUGUAAAUUAAAUUGCCUAACAACUUAACAUUCAAUGUUUCUCAUCAGAGGAAAUAUCCUGAUUGGUCAAUUUUGUUUUAAUCAAUGAUAUGCAUAUAGAUCAGAGGUCAUGGUAUCAGCAAGCUUGACCCACUGGGUAUUUUAGAAGCAGACCUGGAUUCUGAGACACCUUCGGAGCUAAUCUUAGAAUCAUAUAAUCUGGGUAGGAUUUAAAUAAAUGUUUUAAAAAAAUUUGAUCUCCACUUUCAUUUUUUCUACUUGGCCAUCUGCAGUUCUUUUCUUAUUUUAAGUUGUUGACAUUUAGUGAGUUGAUAGAGAGAAGUUCACGCAGUGAAAUUAAAUGUGCUUUAAAUUACCAUGAUUUUCAAACUAAAUCUAGCUUCAACUUUUAACCUUUCAAGAGUCUAUGAACAAGAAAAGGGCUGCAGGCUCCCAAUACUACAUUAACUUUUUUUAUUUAUUCUUUCCCCACCAGUUGUCCUUUUUUAAAAAAUGGGAAAAGAACGUCUAACUGAUAGGCUUAUCCAAUUUAUAUAUUUAUUGUAUGUGUAUAUUUGCAUGACUUCAUGCAUUUUUCCACAUUGAUAGCUGGCAUUGAUAGAAGUAUUUAGCAUGAAUUACAGUUGGGCGUUUGAUUUUUUUUUGGACACUCUUAGAGAAGGCAUGGAGUGCUGAAGAGUUUGGCUACACGAAAAUGUACACAAGUUAAGUCAUUGUCAUAAUAAGAUACACUGUGAUUUAUCAUAGAGUCCUGUAUUUUGAGUGAUCUAUCCACUACCAUAAGCUAAUGAUUACAUUAUCCUGUGUGUCCCAUAAUCUUUCUUGUAUGGAGCAGGAAUGGAAUGAUCUUAAUUUUUCAUUUUUUCUCACUUUAACAACUAAUUAUGACCUCAUCAUUUUCAACAUUUAAAUGCUAACUUUAAAACCUUUUAUUACACUUGACAUGAGGAAUAUUUGGAUGGUUUUAAUAUUAUUGACUGAUUAUUUCUCUAUAUCUUUUAGAGGUGUAAUUUGGUAACAGAUUAUGCUUGUCACAUAUUUAAAUCUGGGAAAGAUUGGUGGAUCCAUAAUUUACUGAUUCUGAAAUAAAUAUUUAACUAUUAAUAACAUAUUUAUAUGCAGCAGGAAUGAAGCUAAAUCCUAGCGGAGGAAUAAAAGCCAAUGAAAUUAUUUUUAUUGCUUUAUAACCGUACCUGAAACAAUUAACAUUGGGGAAAAAAACAUUUCAAUAAUGUUCAGUCCGUCAGAGAACACUAGCAUGGGCACUAUACCGUCAACUACUGUCAGAGAACACUAGCAUGGGCAUUAUACCGUCAACUAUUGUCAGAGAACACUAGCUUGGGAUGCACAGUCAAAUACUAAUCAGAGAACACUAGCUUGGGCACUAUACCGUCAACUACUGUCAGAACACUAGCUUGGGAUGCAUAGUCAAAUGCUAAUCAGAGAACACUAGCAUGGGCACUAUACCGUCAACUACUGUCAGAGAACACUAGCUUGGUAUGCACAGUCAAAUACUAACCAGAGAACACUAGCUUGGGCACUAUACCGUCAACUACUAUCAGAGAACACAAGCAUGGGCAUUACACUUACACUGUCAGUUACUAUCAGAGAACACUAGCAUUGGCAUUACACUUACACUGUCAGUUACUAUCAGAGAACACUAGCUUGGACAUUACACUGUCAACUACUGUCAGAGAACACUAACUUGGGCAUUACACUGUCAACUACUUAAGAUUUUUUCUUACUAUUGUUUCAAUCAUAUUUGUUUAGGAUUUAUGAUUACUGAUAACCAGGGCCUCUAAUUAAACAGACGUUUUGGUGGUUCAUAUAUAUUAAUAUAUGAUGCAUGAAUGUACAUUUUUAUUUAAUUGUUGAGGAUGCUUGAGCAACUCCAUUUGAAGACAACACAACAUUCGAUCUUAAUGAAAAAUGUAUGUGUUUAUUAUUUUUGUCUUGCCCCUUUUCCCUUGAUGCUCUUAGCACAUGCUUAAGUCUUUUUAAUGGUUGAUCCAACCCCACUGCUCUAUGUUCCUUGCUCUUCAUUCUGAUUCUUGUUAUGAAAAUACCGAGUGCAAAUAGUUACUUAUUAUGUGUGUGUUAUAUCUACACCAAAUGAAAUUUGUCACAGAUGGCUAUGCCUGUUGUUCAUCAUGAUUACUUAUGUAUUUUAUUUCAUGAGAACUUCACUUUUAUUCAUGUCAUGAACAUUUAUAUCUACAGCCAUACUUCAAAUGUCGUAUGUGUUGAAUCACUAUUUUUUUAUUUUAUUUUGGGCAUUACCAUACUUAUGGAGACCAAGCAAAUGAUGACUUUUGAACACCUUUCCCAUGCUAUCUUUAAAUCAAUAGUGUUUUUUUCUGAUGUUUUAAACUGAUGUAUUUGCUUACAAGAUACUCAUCAGAAGUACUUGAAAUGCUUCUUUUAUUUCAUACAAGACUAACUUUUGAAGUGCAGGAACCAAUCCAUUUCUUCAUCUAAGAACCGGCCACUACAUGCCAAUACACGUUCCUCCAAUACAUCAGUUAUUGGCCACUGGUAUUUAACAGAAGCUGCUGUUUUUUGUUUUUAAAUUUGUGUUUUUUGGUUUCCGGCCUCUAAUCGCAGGUAAUGCCUGCGUGCUAUUUUUUUUCUCUCUUCUUCUCUCUCCCUCUCUGUCUUUGCCCCGUUGAUUACGUGGUGACCAGAUCCGAGGACACCGCAUGGCACAAUUAGACCCUAUCGGACUUGAGGUGCACAACGAAGAGAAGGAGCUUCAAGUUCAGUAUUACAACUUGGGUAAGUGCAUGCCGCCACCCCCCGGCCCCCUUAUAUACAGUGAUGUUUCAGUGGAGUACUACCUCAGGCAUCUUAUUGUUUGUACACACCGCCACGACAGUUCCUUCCCUUUGGCCCUACGCCAUAGCCACGUGCACGUUCCUUGUUUGUUUUCGUUGAGGUUUGCUGUUUGGCCACAGCCACCCCCUGUCUGUGUCAAUAAAGAAGCUCAUUUGUCCUUUCAGAUAUUAAUUGAAUGUGUUUCUGUUCAUACACAGCAUCCUGUCAAAUGUAUACACGUGUUUCUGUUCACACACAACAUCCUGUCAAAUGUAUACACGUGUUUCUGUUCAUACACAACAUUCUUUCAAAUGUAUACACGUGUUUCUGUUCAUACGCAGCAUCCUGUCAAAUGUAUACACGUGUUUCUGUUCAUACACAGCAUCCUGUCAAAUGUAUACACGUGUUUCUGUUCAUACACAACAUCCUGUCAAAUGUAUACACGUGUUUCUGUUCAUACACACCAUCCUGUCAAAUGUACACACGUGUUUUGGUAGAUUUAGGUGCAAAAGUGGUUGGGGGUGUUCCACAGAAAUAUAUAUAUUUAUAAAUCAGACACAUUAUUAUUUACUAUUGCACUCUUGUCUCUUUAUUUGUAUGCCUCCUUUAUCAGUUUGCCUGGAUCUGCGGCUGUAUUCGUUAUUUCAUUGUUUGAUCCCUUGCUUUUGCGUCAUGACCUGCUGCUUAGUUUUUAAAAUGUUUAUACAACGAACCAAUGGGAUCCUUUUAUAUUUUAAAUGACAUUUGUGCUACUGUGUGACCAGCCAAUUUUGACAUGAAAUCAGUUUUAUAAUGUGUGGCAAAUAUGGGCCUCGGUGUGUUAUACUUUUAGUUAACAUUAUGUACAUGUCAUUGUGUAUGCCCACAUAUUAACAUCAUAAAAUAUACCCACUUAUUAUCAUGUAAAUAACCUUUACAUCUGACCGUGCACACAUAAUAAAUGAUGCAUUUAACACAUUUUUCUUCCCUGCUAAUCAACGAAUUUAAGUACUUAUUAUUUUGAUUUUCUUCAAUAAUUUCCUUGCCCUUUCCUGUGUCCUUCCAAGUGAAAAGGAGUGAGUUUGAUACAAGAUGGGCUGACUUUAGUUAGUGUGAUAUAAGAUGAACAAACUUUAGUUAGUUUGAUAUAAGAUGAACCGAAUAAAGUUUGAUAAAAGAUAAACCGAAUAAUUAGUUUGAUAUAAGAUGAACAGACUUUAGCUAGUUUGAUUUAAGAUGAACCGAAUAAAGUUUGAUAAAAGAUAAACCGAAUAAUUAUUUUGAUGUAAGAUGAACAGUCUAAUAGUUAGUUUGAUAUAAGAUUAACAGACUUCAGUUAGUUUCAUGGAAGAUCAACGGACUUUGGUUAGUUUGACGUAAGAUGAACAAAGAAUUAAUUAAAUCUCAUCCAUCUAUUUUUUUCUGAGAUCCAAUGAUCUAUACCAGGCCUGCACACAUCAAAAUGUAAGGCGGGCCGUAAUGCAUUAUGAAAAACGUGUGCGGGCCAAAAGAAAAUAGGUCAGGGGGAAAGUUAUUCAGAAAAUAAUAAGAAUAACGAGUUUUUCGAUACCUCGCGGGCCACAAAAUGGGUGCUGGCGGGUGCCAUGCAGCCCUGCCCUGAUCUAUACAAUGGCGAAUGGCAGUUGACUGGAGUUAGCUGCACAGUUAAGAUAACAUUGACAUAGAUGUAGAAGAUGCUGCUGAAAAAAAAGACGUAUAGUUUAUUAUUUACCAGUUAUUUGCUUUCACGCUGUUAUCUCAACAGUAUUAGAAAUCUACCAGCUAUAGGGAUGUUUUAGAGUGGGACAACACUGUGUUUCCAAAUGGCUGAAGUUUUAUUUUGGUGUUUGACCAUAUGACCAAUACCAAGGGCUGUUGUAUCUUGAGAUUUUAAUUUUUUUUAUGUUUUUAAUUUUUCAAUAUUUUAUGUUUUAGUUUUUAACUCGUAAAUCCAUGCGUGGGUUCCAAGCGUAAAACUGUUGUUUUUUUUAAAACUACUAUUUGACCCUAAGCAACUUGUAUUGACUGAUCCUGGUUUAAAAAAAAAAAGAGAUAAUUUGCAACAAUUGGCAAUGCAUAACUUUAUGUUGGAUGAUACUACGCCGUGGUGACAGCUGGAAGUUCCAUAGUGAAAACAAAUGUACUUUACCGGGAAUACCACGAACUGCGUGAUAAUGUGAUAGUCCCUGUGAUAAUGUGAUAGUCCCUGUGAUAAUGUGAUAGUCUCGGUAGUAUGUUAGGUUGUUUUUUUAAUCGUGUACAUACGACAAUGUUUAUAUGAUAACAAGACCUUGUGUUAUCUGAUGGUAAUAGUAUCAAAUGCUGUCUGGGGGAAAUAGUGGUCUUGACUGACCGUGAAAAAGUAUCACUUGUCUGUGGGGAAACAGUGCUGUGGACCAUGAAAAUAGUAUGACAUUGGCUGAGGGACAUAGUUUUUUUUAAAUUUUAGUAUGUUACUUGAGUGUGUUAUGUGGGCCGGGUGUUUAAUGUUAAAUUUAGUAGUACCGGUACAGAUAGGUGUAGGCAUAUAGGGAACUGAGGCACCCUCCUACACUAGUGCUACGCUAUCUAACCCACUAACCUUAGUGAAUGACUUAUGAUAGAAGCAUGUUCGUGUUGUUAAGGGUAGGCGUAGUAGUGUUACAUAUGUGUUUAGCCUGCUCCUUACUUACAAGUAAAGCCGAUGUGUUUAAAAAUACGAUGCUCAACUAACACCACCUUUCGUCAACACUUUGAGGUAGCUACUACUAAUACUGCUACUACUAUUGAUACUACUACUGCUGCUGCUGCUCAUAUUGUUGACCACUCACUAAAUACGCUGGCUACAAUGUAAUUACGGUAUUUAUCUCCCCAAUCUGAGGCCACUUUCUUUAUAAAGCCAGCCAAACGAUGGCGGCUACAAUGCUUUAACUUCCCAUCUAACCAUCUAAUAAAGUUACUUGACAAAACAUGCACUCAAGUAAAGCACUUCUUAAAAAUUCCAGUUAAUUGCCCCCCGCCCCGGUCCCCCAAAGUUUGCAACCUCACACUUUUUUCACGCCCUUGAACUGUAUAAUUAAUAUUCAAAUGUCUCCCCUCGCCCCCCCCCCCUCUUAAAACAACUCUAUGGCAUAUUUAUGUCAGCAUAUUUCAAUGGAGACUGUUUCCGUCUAUGGCCUAUUUAUGUCAGCAUAUCUCCAUGGAGACUGUUUUGUUUCCGUCUAUGGCAUAUUUAUGUCAGCAUAUCUCCAUGGAGACUGUUUUGUUUCCGUCUAUGGCAUAUUUAUGUCAGCGUAUCUCCAUGGAGACUGUUUUGUUUCCGUCUAUGGCCUAUUUAUGUCAGCAUAUCUCCAUGGAGACUGUUUUGUUUCCGUCUAUGGCCUAUUUAUGUCAGCAUAUCUCCAUGGAGACUGUUUUGUUCCCGUCUAUGGCCUAUUUAUGUCAGCAUAUCUCCAUGGAGACUGUUUUGUUUCCGUCUAUGGCCUAUUUAUGUCAGCAUAUCUCCAUGGAGACUGUUUUGUUCCCGUCUAUGGCCUAUUUAUGUCAGCAUAUUUCAAUGGAGACUGUUUUGUUUCCGUCUAUGGCCUAUUUAUGUCAGCAUAUCUCCAUGGAGACUGUUUUGUUCCCGUCUAUGGCCUAUUUAUGUCAGCAUAUCUCCAUGGAGACUGUUUUGUUUCCGUCUAUGGCCUAUUUAUGUCAGCAUAUCUCCAUGGAGACUGUUUUGUUCCCGUCUAUGGCCUAUUUAUGUCAGCAUAUCUCCAUGGAGACUGUUUUGUUUCCGUCAAACAAAAGAACAUCUUAGGCACUAAACGCACUUGCGGAAUUUGUUUAAAGAAUCUCAUUUAGCACAGCUUCGAAUCUGGAAUUUUGAUCAGCAAACUCAGCACCGCCUGGUAGCGUUAGUGACAUUGGUGCGCACAGAAUCAUGGAUUUGGAUGAUUAUAUGUCAUUUACAAAUAACGUCGGCGUUGCAUACAUCUGGUCUCUAUCCAAAAACAAAUUUCAAACUUCGAAGAUAUAACAUACAUUUCAUUGACAUCACGGGUGCAUUAUAGCAAACAUUUCAUUGACAUCACGGGUGCAUUUUAGCAAACAUUUCAUUGACAUCACGGGUGCAUUAUAGCAUACAUUUCAUUGACAUCACGGGUGCAUUAUUCAAACUUUAUGUUUUUGUAUAUCUGAACAACUAAGAAGAUGAUUUAUACUAGUUAUUCUUACGCACAAUGUACAUUAAAGACCGUAUGUAGUAAUUCGGUAUAAUAGUCUAGUUAUACUGAUACGACUGUACGUUAACGAUCAUAGAAAGUGAUUCGUUAUACUAAUGCACAGUAUACAUUAGCGAGAGUAUAUAGUUUCGAAUUUUUAUUAACUACAUUUUAAGAUGGAUAGGGAGGUAACCUUAGAAAGUAAUUGGGCAAUCCGUUAACGAGUUCAACAGUUACUUAACAUCUUUGUUGUCAGUCAGCUCGUGUUACCAUUCACACGUCUGCCUUAGAUUCAAUCAAAGCAACAAAAUCAGUCACCUGGUUAUAGGUUUUAAAUGGCUGUUUGGGGGUGGGGUGGGGUACCGUAGUGCUCCCAGUAAGUGCACGCUCUGACGCCGAGGUUAAAAAUACAACUUGGCAUGAAGUUCAGAGCUUGGCAUUUAACAGUAGGCGCUGUUUCUCCAGCAAGGUGAACUCUUGCGAAGGUGCUGUGACCUUGCUGGUUUUGGUGGACCACAGCAACUUACAUUUUUUUUUUCAAGCAUCAGGUGGGACAGGAAAAGAAGACACUGGGCUAAUGAGAAGGGGAUGACGUGCCAAAACGUGGGGUUCCGCAUCGGCUUAAAAAGCAGGUCAACGGUUCCCCAGACCCCUUUUCCUCCAGAUGCUUUGAAACAGGGUUCCUAUAAAGAAAUUCCUUAAAGUGUUUCAUAACUCUCCUCAUCCUACCGGUGGGUGAUAACUAUAUAGUUCUUACAUUUCCAUUAUUUCUGUUUAACUACAUGUUUUGAUAAUCGUCCGAGUUUGUUCUGUUGUUUUUUUUGUUGUUUUUUUUUUGGCGUGGGGGUGGGUGAGUGGGGUGGUCCCCAGAUUAAAAUGGUUUUUUUAGUGGAUACAAGAGGAGGCAGCCGUUGUAAGUGAGCUGGCAUUCGCCUUAUGUACGAGGUUAUGAGAUCGAUACUAUAACCAGCAGACACGUACUUUGACCUUGUUUCCCCAUCAUUCCCCCACCGCUGGCCCCCUUCACUUUCUCACACAUACACCGAUACACGCCCAACACAUUCAGUGGCGCGAUUCUGUUUUGAAAAAAAAAAUGUUAACAGUUAUAUCAGACUUCACACUGUCUCAGAAUUCACAAUGUCUCAGACUUCACACUGUCUCAGACUUCACACUGUCUCAGAUUUCACACUGUCUCAGACGUCACACUGUCUCAGACUUCACACUGUCUCCAAAUACGUUCUGAUAUCAAAUGCGCCCGUGUACUUAAGCCAUUAGUUUCAAUUAAGUAAUAUUUACUUCUCUCCUAUUUCAAGGGCUACACAAUUUUGUGUGCAAUUGAUAUAACUCGACGCACGAUUAAACUAACCCAUUGCAAGCUAACACACUAAAUAACCAACGUAAUGAAAAGCUUAAGUUCUCUAGUUUAGGUUAGCUUAUCUUUUUAAUGCACCGUCCAACAUGCCAACUCUGUUUAAUGCACCGUCCAACAUGCCCAAUCUGUUUAAUGCACCGUCCAACAUGCCAACUCUGUUUAAUGCACCGUCCAACAUGCCAACUCUGUUUAAUGCACCGUCCAACAUGCCCAAUCUGUUUUUCCUAUUAAAAAAAUAUUUGGUCUUAUUUUUACUUGGUUUCUAUAGUAUGUUAAUUAUUGUGUUGACAUGCAUUCGACCUGCUACAUUUUGCCCCUAAAUUAUGUCAAUAUUAUAUUUAUAAGUGCCACACAAAAAAACAAAACAAAAGCACACAUAAUAAAUAGAAUAUUAAGUCUUUGAUGUUAACUAGGGAGUCCUUUCUUGACACCCCUACACUAAAAUCGCAAAUAACGUCUUCACUAUGUUCCACAUAUCAGGAGAGGCUGACCUUGACCGUGUUUUCCGACUGCCAAAUACGACAUACAUUGGAGGCAAUGAUACAGUCCUGCCCCUCAGGGAAAUCAUCAGGCGAUUACAGGUAAGUGGGGUGUGUCACAAGCUGUGCUCAUAGCACAGUUGGUCUGUCACUACCCGUGUUCAUAGCACAGUUGGUCUGCCACUAGCUGUGUUCAUAGUAGGCUCGGUCUGUCACUAGCCGUGUUCAAAACACUGUUGGUCUGUCACUAGCCCUGUUUGUAGAAUGGUUGGUUUUUCACCAGCUGUGAUCAUAGCAAGUGUUAGUCACUAGCUGUGUUCAUAUCACUUUUGGUCUGUCACAAGUUGGUUGAACACUGAGCAGUCAAAGAGUAUCCCAAGUAUCCUCAAUAGUUCAUAAAUGUAGACCCAAAGAAGGAAGGCCCAAUUGACAAUGUAAGGUCAUAGUGGGCGCUUGUUCAAACAAAAAGGUGGGGGUUGGGCAAGAAAUGAAUCCUUUAACAUAUAACACCAAGUCCCCUUAGAUUCAUGGAGCCUUUUAAUUUGGGCCUAAUUCAAUGUAGGGUCUUAAAGUGGCCUGGCUACUUUUAUGAGACAAUUGUAAGUGUAUUUACUUCUUGAAAUAUUAUCUAACAGUUACAAACAAAUUAUUCAUUGGUAUAGUAUAGCCUUUGUGAAUAUCUGCAUUUCAUUGGAAGCUAGUAAAAACAUCAACAAUACACACCCCCUUUAGCUCCCCCAAGGCUCAAAGUGUAAGUGUGAACUUCUAGGGAAUCUAAUAAUAACUGAUAUAUAUCUUAAGGCUUUAUUUAGGUAGACCUUCAUAGAUUACUUGGUGAUCUGGGUAAAUCCUUUAAAAAGGUUAAGGUCGUAGGACUGGACCCGUUAGACCAGCGGUUCUCAACCUGUUGGUCGAGCCCCCUUUGGGGGUCGAACGACCCUUACAUGGGGUCGCCUAAGACCAUCGGAAAACACAUAUUUAUGAAGUAUCAACGAAAAUAAUUUUAUGGUGGGGGUCACCACAACAUGAGGAGUUUUAAUAAGGGGUCGCGGCAUUAGGAAGGUUGAGAAUCACUGUGUUAGUCGCUUGAAUUAUUAAAUGUUCUUUAAUGGAUGCCAUGCCGUUAAAGAUGUGCCAUGCCGAAAGAUUUGUUGAACAAGUACUCAAGUAGUACUUUAGUAGUAUAGUUACAAUCAUCUAAAAGCACAUGUGCUAAAGUCACUCAGUAGUCAUGCACAUUUCUCAUACCCAACCAAAUUAUUGUAAUGCCACUUAGCAUAGAUGACUGCCUUUCUGGAUCAACAUGUCAACGUCAUGUUUAACAACUUCAGCUGGACUGGUUAUCGAAGUCUUUGGAUCAACUAAGAAGUGCACAUCCCUAAUAAUAUAGAUUUACUUGAACCCGUGGAAACGAUUUGUUUACCGUCUACGGUCAAAUCUCAAGGGGAGGCUGACUUUCAACUGACUCAAGCUCUGCGAACACCACCAGGCCAUAAAUAACAAAUGUGUGUCUAUGUAUUUGACAGCACAUGCUGUCUUUGAGAUCUCCCCAAGCUAAAUGAUACCAGUACAAAUGGGAUGUGAACACCAUUACACAACUUCAUUGUGUGAAGAGAUCGAUUGAUGUACAUUCUACGGAGCUGUACACCAAUACUUUCUAUUAUGACAGUGGAGCGUUUAUAUUAUAUCUAUUUUUCUUGACGUAAGAUUCAAUAGAUGGCCCCAGAAGCCGAUAGACCCAAAGAGUUGGGUUAAGGCGGCAUGCUACGGUCGACCUAGUUCAACCCAUUGAUUUGUGCCCUGUUUAAAGCGGCAUGUGACGUCACUUGUCUCUAGAAGUCAUUUAAUGCAUGCAACUUAGUUGACUUUAGUGUAAAGGUAUUGUUGUAAGACAUGGCAACACACACUUACAGAUGAUUAACUGUCGACAUAGAUUCAAUUUGAAUUCUGUCACUGGAAUAACUGAGUAGUAAAAUAGUUGGAUGAGGGUGAAGUCACUUCAAAUAUACAUUCAAAAUUCAGGGUUGAAUUCUAUCUCUGAGUUUUUUGAAAAUUGAAACCAAACCCAAGUCAACAGCCGCGAUAUAAAACUGUGUAGUUACUUAACUCCUGCAUCUGUCAUGGGAGGUUUGUUAGCAACAUGCCGAUGUAAGGGAUAAACUAAACUCUGAUCUAUAUUUGGAAGUAUUGCCUGCUAUACAAACAGGGAGACGUAAGACAGCUGGAAUUUCAAGUUGUUUGUAAUGAAUGAUGAUCCUUGUAGCAACCUGAACUAGUAGGUUUUAGGACGCCAACUUAUUGUAAUCAAGGCUGUUCUAUUUUAGUAGUGUAACAUAGUGACAGUGGCACAACGGUAAUUGUUAACUUGAUAUUAUGGCUACGGGUUGAAGUAAGAUAAUGGCCGUGUCCUGAAAUGACAUGUCUAUGGGCUGAGGUGAUAUUAUGGUUGUGGACUGAAGUACACAAUGGCUAUGGGCCGAAGUCGAAGUACACAAUGCCUAUGGACUGAAGUACACAAUACCUAUGGGCUGAAGUACACAAUGGCUAUGGGCUAAACUACACAAUGGCUAUGGGCCGAAGCAAACAAUGGGUAUGGGCCGAAAUACACACUGGCUAUGGACUAAACAUGGGGUGUGUUAAAUAGGAAUGUUUUUACCGUGAAACUACAAGGGAGGUCAAUACUAGAAUGACAUAGUCACUUGCGUGGUCAGCCACACUAUGGUCAGAUUGUUCAAUCACUCAUGUGUUCUGUGUGACACUAACGCAGGGCUCAGCAAUUUUUGUUCACUCGCGGCACAACUAAGGCUUUUCCGAGACUUCUGUGGCACGCCACAAGUAGCAACAUGCAACAAAUAUUCUAAAUAACAUAACGUAGUUAACGUGCAUUGUGGCAUGUCGUUCUGAAAGUUAAGAUGUUACAGUGCAUGCAUUGCUCGCGGAGUUGGACAGCUUGUCAACAAGGUCCCCUUUGUUGCAAGAGGUUCUUUUUGUAUGUACCUACAUAUACUUGAGCAUUUCCUCCUCUUGGAGGCACUUUGCGCGGCAAACCUGGCAUCAUCUCUCGGCACACCAUUUGGGCUGCGGCACACCGGUUGCGGAGCUAUGCACUAACGUACCGUGGAAUAACUUGUGCGGUCAGUUGUCCAAAUGUUCAAGGAGGAGAAGUGCUGCUAUUUAUCCCCUAAGACAUCAGGAUCUUACCAGCCAUCGAGGCAUUGAUUUACCAUUGAGGGGUCUGCCACUGUAACCCCCCCCCCCACACACACACUUUCUUUUUCUUUUAAACACACAUUCCUCUUCCCUCCUCACGUCCAAGACGUUCUUGACCACAUAGCCAAGUGUAUUUGUGGCAGCCGAUCGUCUGCCAUACACGAAUCAGCGUUUCUCAAACGUUUGCGCUUGAGCCCAGUUAUUUUGUAUACUUUUCCUUGGCGACCCACUAACAUUUGUAUCGCUCAUUCUUGCUACUAGGUAACAGAUUGGAAUGGCCGUACAUAUACGCUUACAAACAUGUUUUUAAAAAGUAAUAUCGAACUGAAACCUGGCAUAUAAUUUAUUGUCUCGCCUUUCCCUAGUUAAUGUUACUGUCUCACUAGUCCCUAGUUAAUGUUACUGUCUCACUAGUCCCUAGUUAAUGUUACUGUCUCACUAGUCCCUAGUUAAUGUUACUGUCUCGCUAGUCCCUAGUUAAUGUUACUGUCUCACUAGUUCCUAGUUAAUGUUACUGUCUCACUAGUCCCUAGUUAAUGCUACUGUCUCACUAGUCCCUAGUUAAUGCUACUGUCUCACUAGUCCCUAGUUAAUGCUACUGUCUCACUAGUCCCUAUUGAAUGCUACUGUCUCACUAGUCCCUAUUGAAUGUUACUGUCUCACUAGUCCCUAGUUAAUGUUACUGUCUCACUAGUCCCUAUUGAAUGUUACUGUCGCACUAGACCCUAUUGUUCCUGUAAUUUUAGGGUGUGCAGGGGGAAAAAAAGAAAAGCCAAGAACAAACACCUAGCUAGGUUUACGAGAGUUGUUUUCGCAACCAAGUCGUUUCGCUAUCUUGGCCCGGGUCGCGACCAGCGUUUGGUAAAAGCUACAAUAAACAUCUUUGUGAUCAUUUUUAGUUGUAUAUUAUCGCCCUCUUCUUUGCUCAUGCAAUUCCUCAUGAUUGCAGACUUGGUAAUCUUGUGAGUUGUGGGGAAGUUGGUGAUCUUGUAAGUUAAGUUUUGUCUCAGUCACUUCAUAACGGCACAUUUUCAACUGCGCAUACGUUACAGUAUUGUAGAGAUCAAUAGGAUUUUUUUUUUUCCAAUACAAAUAAAUGGAAAGUUGUUUUUGGAAAAAAUGGACGGGAGAGGCGAAGGCACAAAAAUAGUAAAUGUAAAAACUUAAAUGAAACUAAAAUUAAUCAGUUUAUUUCGUUGAGUUAUUUAUAACUUGUUGUAGAAAGGUAUACACUUAAAUCCGGGAUCAGGCUCCGGUGUUAAUUAGGUUCUAGAGAAGCUGAAAACUGAACCAGAAACGGGAUACCGUGCUACGUUUUCAUGUUAGCCAAACGUUUCCAAGGUUCGAAACGAAUGUGUGAGAUAAAGGCACACAAAUGUGUGCAUUAUUGACAUUUCUGUAUUAGCAUUCCUCGAUCUGUCACAAGCAGUUUCUUGCACAGACAUCUCUACCAUUCCUGUGCCCUCUACCCUUCACAGUCCCCUCUACCCUUCCUGUCCCCUCUACCCUUCCUGUCCCCUCUACCCUUCCUGUCCAUCUACCCUUCACAGUCCCCUCUACCCUUCACAGUCCCCUCUACCAUUCCUGUCCCCUGUACCCUUCACAGUCCCCUCUACCCUUCCUGUCCCCUCUACCCUUCACAGUUCCCUCUAUCCUUCCUGUCCCUUCUACCCAUCACAGUCCCCUCUACCCUUCACAGUCUCCUCUACUCCUCCUGUCCACUCUACCAAUCGGGUCCCCUCUACCAUUCCUGUUCCCUCUACCCUUCACAGUCCCCUCUACCCUUCCUGUCCCCUUUACCCUUCCUGCCCCCUCUACCCUUCCUGUCCCCUCUACCCUUCCUGUCCACUCUACCAUUCCUGUCCCUUCUACCAUUCCUGCCCCCUCUACCAUUCCUGUUCCCUCUACCCUUCACAGUCCCCUCUACCCUUCCUGUCCAAUGUACCCUUCACAGUUCCCUCUACCCUUCCUGUCCCUCUACCCUUCCUGUCCACUCUACCAUUCCUGUCCCCUCUAUCCUUCCUGUUCCCUCUACCCUUCCUGUCCCUCUACCCUUCCUGUCCCCUCUACCAUUCCUGUUCCCUCUACCCUUCCUGUUCCCUCUAUCCUCUCCCCUUCCUGUCCACUCUCCCAUUCCUGCCCCCUCUCUCCUUCCUGUUCCCUCUCCCCUUCCUGUCCCUCUACCCUUCCUGUCCCCUCUACCCUUCCUGUUCCCUCUACCCUUCCUGUUCCCUCUACCCUUCCUGUUCCCUCUACCAUUCCUGUCCCCUCUAUCCUUCACAGUCCCCUCUAUCCUUCCUGUCCCCUGUACCCUUUACAGUCCCCUCUAUCCUUCCUGUCCCCCUCUACCCUUCACAGUCCCCUCUAUCCUUCCUGUCCCCUCUACCUUUCCUGCCCCCUCUACCCUUCCUGUCCCCUCUACCCUUCCUGUCCUCUCUACCAUUCCUGUCCCCUCUACCAUUCCUGUCCCCUCUACCCUUCACAGUCCCCUUUAUCCUUCCUGUCCCCUCUAUCCUUCACAGCCCUCUGUAUCCUUCCUGUCCCCUCUAUCCUUCACAGACCCCUCUAUCCUUCCUGUCCCCUCUUUCCGUCCCCUCUAUCCUUCACAGUCCCCUCUAUCCUUCCUGUCCCCUCUUGUCUUCUCUAUCCUUCAUGUCCCCUCCACACUUCCACUUCCUUCCUCUACCUUACUUGUGUAUUCUACCCUUCCUGUCCCUCUACUUUUACUGUCUCCACCUACCCUUCCUCUACUAUUCUUGUCCUCUAUAGCCUACUCUACCCAUCUUGUCUCCUCUACCCUUCCUUCCUCUACUAUUCUUGUCCCCUCUACCACACACACUGCUCUCCCCUUACAAUGAUUUUAAAAAAUUCUUUGAUAUGGCUAACAUCCCAAUUACUGGCAAACAUCAAGUUCUCUUGUUGGCCAUUACCAUAAAUGUGAACACUUCUCAACUCUGUGAUGUUGUAUUGUAAUACGAAUUAUGGCCAUAUUGAUACUCCCACUUGGUAAUGAUGUAUAUUAUCAGAUAUUAAAUGUUAAAUGGCACUUUAUAAUGCUGGUAAUACCCUAGGUGUAUUGCAGCACAUGUGCCAUUGCAGUAUUCUCAUACAGCCCUUCGGGCUUUAAUUAAGGCCUAUUUUAAUUAUAGUGUAAAUAUCUAUUGACCAUCUGACUAACAAGAAUGUUCUCUGACUUGGCAAUGCAUUUUGGGAUCAACAAAUUAAUUACACUAGGGCAGUAACUGUUGGUGACAACUUAGAGAAGAUAAGAAUUUCAAUUUUAGAGAUCUCCCUUUAGCUUUGCUCAAUUUCUAUAUUUUGUUGAAACCAUUCCAAAGCCAGCAAACAAUGUCUACUAUUUUACAAGGUGAUAUAGAGGUUUUCAAUUUCAACGGUAAAAUGUAUCUUAUAUAAUUGUCUUGUAAUAAUUUCUAUUGAAGUGUUACAAAAAUUUGGUAAAUAUUUAUCAUUACUGGAAAGUAAAAAAAAACUAGCACCAGAAAGAAGCUUCCAAAUUAUCCUGCGAAAUUUUGAAAUAUUGCGGAAAAAAAUGUUAAUGCUACAAUAAAAAUCACUUUGAGCUCUUUCCAGUAAUCUUUGUUUGAAGGUUAAGCUACUUGUACAAUAGAAUCAACAGCUGUUUGUAAAAGCAUACCGGUACCCUACAAAGGUUUUUAAAAAAAGUUUUUAAAAAACUUCCUUCCAACGGGGUAAAAAACACAACUAAAAUUAGCGUUUAACCCAGAUAACUAUGAUGUGACUACCAGGUAGGUCAAUAACUAUAUGCAAUUAAUAUCUCCUUGGUAAUACAGUGGACCUGUUCAUAUCCCCCAUCAAAAUGGAUUUCAUUCCUCUCAAAGUAAACUGGCAACAGUACAGUCAUUUGUUGACCUUGAUGGAUCAAAUGAAAUAGUUUAUAGGGAAGUUAAGAUGAGUCAUGUAAAGGUUAAUAAACAUUCACUAACCAUGAAUGUGGAUGUUAGAUCCAUUACUUGCCUGAAAUAAUAAAUAUUUGCUUUUGAAUGCAGAUUUAGUUAGUUUCUUGAUCUCUGUUAAAAUCAUUAACUAAAUCCAUUAAUUUUUUUUAGUGAUUUUGGAAUCUGCUCACAUUUAUUAAGACAUCAAAAGACAGCUCAUAAUGAGCAAAUAGAUUCUUGUGUUGUUUUAUGUACUUAAGGGCAUAAAACAACACAAACUAAAGUGUAACUGCUUUGAUAAUUAAUAAUUAAACUCCGUCAAAGCUUUAUAUUAUAAAAUUCUACAUAUUCGUACUGAUGUUUUUACUGAAAAAGAAAUAUAAUUAAUAUUUAAGCAAGACCAGGAGGUAUUUUAUGUCGUAUAUGUUGUAUUCUCUGCUCUAGAAUGUCUACUGUCGUUCCAUUGGUGUCGAGUUUAUGUUUAUCAACAAUCUACACCAGACAGACUGGAUCAGGCAGAGGUUUGAGAAACCUGGAAUCAUGCAAUUCAGUAUAGAGGAAAAGAGGCUGAUUCUGGCUAGGCUGAUCAGAUCUACCAGGUAUAGUUAAGAAUCUUUCAAAUUGAGUUAUAACAUUUGCCGAGUAUUACAUAAAACUUUAUGUUCUUUAACAUUUCAGUGUGACUAAUAUCAACUUGAGUUAUUGCACAUUAAGGUACUGGUAUUUCCUUACAGGUUUGAUAAAGAAAAAAAUAAAGUAUGCCUGAAGUAUGACUGGAGUCAUUUUUAAGCUCUCUCUGUGACCUUGCUGAUGUUGGGAGAAAAAAUAUCAUCACCUUGAUUUCAUGAUUUUUUUUUUAUGUGGCAGCUAAAAAAUAAUUUCAUUAGUUUAGAACAGGAAUUUAACUUUAACUGCUGAAUAUUUUACCUGUUGAAAUUAGGACUUUAAGACCUCUCGUGAGUAUAUUUAAUUUUUUCAAGAGUUAAAAGCCAAAGAACAAAUUUUUGUGAGAAUUUAGGUUUUAAAAGUGUUAAAUAUCACUCAGCUGUUUCAUAAAUAUAUUAAUAACACACUAUUUCUCUAAUCUCUCCCCCCCCCCAAUAAGAUUUGAGGAGUUUUUGGCCAGAAAGUGGUCUUCUGAAAAGAGAUUUGGCCUUGAAGGUUGUGAGGUGCUUAUUCCUGCUAUGAAGUCCAUCAUUGACUCGUCCAGCGCUCUUGGUGUAGAUAGCUUCAUUAUUGGAAUGCCACACAGAGGCCGUUUAAAUGUUCUUGCGAAUGUUUGUCGCAAACCUCUGGAGAAAAUCAUCUGUCAAUUUGACUCUAAGUUGGAGGCUGCUGAUGAAGGAUCAGGUGAUGUCAAAUAUCAUUUAGGCAUGUCACAUGAACGAAUGAACAGAGUCACCAACAAGAACAUCAAAAUUGCAGUUGUGGCCAACCCUUCCCAUUUGGAGGCUGUUAACUCAGUGGUUCAAGGCAAAGCUAGAGCUGAAAUGUUUUACAGAGGAGAUACAGAUGGGAAAAAGGUGAUCUUAUUAAUAUUUCAACAAAAGAUUAUCAAAUUAUAUUUGACUUUAGUCUCAUUGUUAUUUUCCAAAUUUUUAGACGAUUGUUCUAAGAAGUAGUUUCUGAAAAGCAAUAUUUAUUUAUUUUCUUCCCAUAAUUGACGUUGAAAUUAAAAAUGUUGAAUAAAGAAUAGUUUUACAAUAUUUAUAAGAACUUGUAUAAGACUUCUAAUAUUGAAUAACAUUAAUUAUCCCCUAAUUUCAGGAACUUUCCUAUGUACAUGUCCUAUUGAAAACUAAACAUCUAAGAAGCUAUAAAAUUAAGUCUCUUUCAUCUAAUGUUUCUCAUUAACAAGUCACCAAAUACUUUAUAAUUUUUAUCUUCUUGUUGAUGAACCUGUUAGGUGAUGCCAAUGUUACUUCAUGGUGACGCUGCCUUUGCCGGCCAGGGGAUUGUCUAUGAAUGUCUUCACCUAUCAGAUCUGCCCGCCUUCACCACCCAGGGCACCAUUCAUGUUGUUGUUAAUAACCAGGUACAGAUUUGCUUAUAUUUUAAGGCUAUUUAGAACUGUUUGUCACAAUUCUUGUGCUGCCCUCUCGAAUACUACUUUUCAGCUAAAUGCUAUUUUUAAAUUUAAUUCUGUUUUUUUUCUGUUGUUUGUUUGAUGAGGAAGGCUUCCUGUUCGUUAUUUUGUUGCCUUCCUUUUUCAGGUUUUCCCAUACUUUGUUUGACCCCUUUUCUUUGUCAGUAUAUUUGUAUAUUUAUAUAUUAUAAAUUCAAAACAUUCACCUUUUUUGCAUUUUUAAAACAUACCAUUCACCAAAAAUACAUGAAUGGUCCUAGCAAAUGCAUAAUGAGGACUUAUAAUUAAAAAAAUGUGCAAGUUUUUGUGUUUUUAUAUACUAAGACAUUGUACAGAAGUCAUAAGAAUACGAUAAAAAUAAAUUUUAUGCUGAUUCAAUUGAACCAGACAAAUAAAUAUGUCUUCAUUAAAAAUUGUGCGUUAAGAACUUGAAUUCAUUGUAUAUCAUUAGUUUGAAAAGUUAUUUCCUAGUUAGACAAUACAUUUAUUAUUCAUUAUUGGAUCCCAAAAACUAGGAACGAACUGUUCAAAAAAAAUGUUCAUCUGUUUCAGAUUGGCUUCACCACUGACCCUCGAUCCUCCAGAUCUUCUCCUUACUGCACAGAUGUUGCUCGUGUAGUGAAUGCACCCAUCUUUCAUGUAAAUUCUGAUGAUCCUGAAGCUGUGAUUUAUGUAUGCAAAGUUGCUGCUGACUGGAGGGCUACAUUUGGCAAGGAUGUUGUUAUUGAUUUGGUAAGUCCAUUUAUUACAGAGGUAAUCAUUAACUUGGAUGGAAAUGUAAAAAAAAACUGAAGCUAUUUGAUAUCUUUUCACUUUGUCUCAUUAACCUAAGAUAAGAUAGAACUAAUUACAAGGAAGAAAAUAGAAUGAGAAUGAUUUUUAUAUUUUAUACUUUAUUUACUGAUACUUUAAAAAAUACUUAAUUUUAGAACUAGAACAUUAAAAAAAAUUAAAACAAGGCGUUUCCCCUCUUCUCAUGUUUAUAAGUCUAACAGGCUCAACCUGAGGUCACCAUUAACAUGUAAAUAAAAAAGUCAGAGCCAAAGUCUUUAAAAAAUGUAUAUCUCACUCCUGUUAGAGAGACAAACAAUCUACCUUUUUAAGUAAUUAUUUUGAUAAAUAUCUGAUUUAUAUACCAGUAUGUACUUUAUGUAAGUUUUUUUAACAGAUUUGUAAAAUUUAAUUUAAUAUUGAGAGAGGUUUGCACAAUUGUUCAUUAUUUUCUCUUAUAAACUCACUCCUGCCUUAAACAUCAUUAUUCCCUUCCCUAUUCCCUUCACAUACCUGCCCAACACACUGCUUCAGUCUUUGCUGUAUUAUAUAAUAGUUGUUAAAGAGGCCUCACUACCUUACUCCCAUACAAAAAAAAAACUGAUUUAAAGUUCAAUUCAAAGCUGUUCUUACAUGAAUGUUGUUGUUCUUUUUAAAAAAACAUCAUUAUACUAUGAGAGUUUUAGCUUUUCUUUCCAAGCCCUUGCAAAGUUUUCUGGUGAAUUUAUUAGCAAGGUUGAAUGAUGGAACUAUGGAACAGAAUGUAGAAUUUAUUUCAAUAAAUGCUGCAAGAAGGAAAUGUGAAAUUGAUGUUCUUAUGGUUGAAGAUGACUCUGAAUCAGACUUUUAAAAAAUUCAAGUAUUUGAUCUGUUCAUCCUAAUGGCAGGCAAUUUGUUGGCAGUAAUAUUGUAAAAAUUUACCAAUGUUCAUCUAUGUAACAUAAGGUUGUUAUAUAUAUCAUAUAACAAAUAAUAACAUUUUUCCUUUGUUCUGGUAACAGGUAUGCUACCGCAGGUUUGGUCACAAUGAGAUUGAUGAACCAAUGUUCACUCAGCCUCUCAUGUACAAGAAAAUUGCUAAACAGCCCACAGUACUUGCCAAAUAUGCAGAAAACCUUAUCAACAGUGGAGUGGUAACCCAGCAAGAGUAUGAAGUAAGUUGGGAAAGAAUUAGGUGUUCAGUUUUUUAAAAUGAGUAAUACAGCCUAACCUAAUUUUUCUUAUGCCAAUGACUGAAAGUAGAAAUCUGUUUCUUUAAACUCUAGCUAAUAAUUGUUAUAAUGCAUGAACAUUUCAGGAAGAGAUUUCAAAGUAUGAUAAGAUCUGUGAAGAGGCUUACUCUCUUGCUAAGAAAGAAACAGCUGUAAGCAAUAUUGAUUGGUUGGAUUCUCCCUGGAGUGGAUUUUUUGAAGGACGCGAUCCUAUGGUGCUUCCAACGACUGGGGUUGCAGAGGAAACAUUGAAACACAUUGGCAAUGUGUUCAGCACUCCACCAGAGGACUUUGUUAUCCACGGAGGUAUAAAAUCACUUUGAAAAUGAUGCAAGUUUGGAAUUUAAAAAAUUCCAAAUGAGAUGGUAAAGAAUGAAUAAAGUCACUUAGAAGAAGUUACUCUUCCUAGGACCAGCUAAGUUUACCUGGGUUCUAUUUUACCAGCAGCUCUCCACUUUCUUAACUAAAGCAGGCUUUUUAAUAGAAAAACAAUACCUUUUAAUUUUGAAGGUGGAUAAUAAAUAUAUCACGAUGUUUUCAAAAUUGUGAGUGGGAACACUUUUUCUCUGCAUUUUACUGAAAAAUUUGACAAAGUUUUGAGGUUGUUGAUAAAAUCUCUUAUUAGUAAGAGUAAAAAUUUGACAAAGUUUUGAGAUGUUUAAUAACAUCUUUCUUAUUAGUACUAGAGUAAAAGUGUGAGAUUCACAUUAUUAUGUUUUUCAGUUUAUCCAAAUAUUUAAAAAGUCAUGGCUGUAGUACACAGCAUCUCAUCUAAAUUUGGUUUAUUAGAACAUGCAUAUUUAUUCUGUUUCUUCAAAUAACCUCUUUAAUUCUAGAUAUUCUAUUAUUUCAUUUCAUGUACUGAAAAGGCCUGAAAAGAGUUCUCAAAGCCCGUGCUGAAAUGGUAGAAGCUCGACAGGCUGACUGGGCCUUGGGUGAGGCUCUUGCCUUUGGUUCCUUAUUAAAAGAAGGAAUUCAUGUGAGACUGAGUGGACAGGAUGUUGAGAGGGGCACGUUUAGGUAAUUACAAUUGGAACAAUUUUCAAGCAUUUGUGUUAGCCCCCACGAGAUACACAUUUGGUAUCUCGAUGUAUGAAGGAAGGUGCACUUUGUGAAGUAUUUGCAAAUGAAGAAAUUAUUUUUUAAAUAUAUAUCUUUGUUGAUGGUGUAAGAACUUUUUACUUAUAGUGUUAUGAUAUCUGUUUCACAGCCACCGCCAUCAUGUCCUCCACCAUCAAACAAUAGACAAGAAGACAACAAUCCCAUUGAACAAUCUCUAUCCUGACCAGGCUACAUAUACAGUGUGUAACAGCUCUCUCUCAGAGUAUGGAGUACUAGGUACAUUUCAGUGUUGUUUACAGCUAAAAGUUAAUUUGUUUAUUUGUGGACAGGAGCUAAGAGUGCAGGGAAAAUUUUGGGGGGACUUUUACAUUAAAAAAAAAUAAUUUAAAAAUGAAAAUUCAUAUCAGAAUCUUAAAUUUUUUUUUUUUAAAGCAAUAAUCUUUUUUUUUUUAUUUCAUUAAAAUUCUCAAAAUUCUACCAUUACCUAAAAUUUUCUCUUUCUAUAACUACAGUUUACAAGAAACUAAUUUAGCUUGGAAAAUGAAAGUUACGAAAGAAUAUAUAUUGUUACGGUAUUUAACUAGAUAAUAUAUUUUUUUUUUAAUUUUAAGAAACUUAAUUUUAAUAUAAGAUUCAUGAUAAAUUUUGAAUUUAUUUUCAGGAUUUGAAGUUGGUUAUUCCAUCACCAACCCUAAUGCUCUGGUUAUUUGGGAAGCCCAGUUUGGUGACUUUGCAAACACUGCCCAGUGCAUCAUUGAUCAGUUCAUUGCUAGUGGGCAAGCCAAAUGGGUUAGACAGUCAGGCAUUGUUCUCCUUCUUCCUCAUGGGUUUGAAGGCAUGGUAUGUAUUAGGUCCAGUGUCGAGAAUACAAUUAUUCUGACUACUAUCAGCACCAAUACAAAAUAAAACAAAUAUUUUGUUAUAAUUUUCAGGGACCUGAGCACUCCAGUGCUCGACUGGAACGAUUUUUGCAGCUGAGUAAUGAUGACCCGGACUACUUUCCAGUAAGUUAUUAUAUUAUAUGGAUGGUAACAAGCAGCUAUGUUACUGCCAUGCAUACAUAUUACAGCAGACAGAGCAUCACAAUUGUGAAGAUUUAUACUGUAUUACACAGAUCUUAUAGGUGCUGUAUGCCACAGGUCUUUUAGAAGCUGAAUCCAUCACUGUGGCGCUACAGCCCAUGUAGGGCUUUGGCCUGCCUCACUUCUUCCUUCCACUCAGACCUAACAAAUGAUUUUCUUUUCCAUGCUUGGAUUUCCAGCUGAUUUAGAUCUUUUUCCACAUCAUCCAUCCAUCUAAGCCUGGGUCUGCCUGUGAGCCGUUUUCUUCUGGGGUUUUGGUGGUGUGCCCUCUUCGAUCCUCUGUCAUGUGGCAUUCUUUCUAAGUGUCCUUCCCAGCAUGGGAUCCUGAUGAUAUAGACUUUACAAUUCCUGGUUGGUUCGUAUUGUCCAUCCAUAUUCAUCCUUUGUUGGUCCAUAUAUUUUCCAGAGAACUUUUCUCUCCUAUGUGUUCAAUAGGUUUUCUGCCAUUUUUGUUAUGGUCCAAGCUUCAGUUGCGUAUGUUACAACUGGUCUGAUAACAGUUUUAUAUAUAGUUUUCUAUGCCCUGUUUCUUACCAAUAUUCUUUCUUUUAUUUCUGUUACACUGUUAGUAAUUCGUUUCUUUCAUUUAAUAAAGAUCCUAGGUAUUUGAAUUGUUUUACUCUUCUGUAGUGUGGUUUUUAAUUUUAAUGGUUUCAUCUGUGUGCUCUUCUUUUAUCAGUGUCAUGUUUUUACUUUUUGGUUGUUAACUUACAGUCUUCCUUGUAGUGAUGUUUCUUCUAAUUCAGAAAAGUCUUUUGAUGUGUCUUUACUACUUUCCCUAACAGUGCUAUGUCAUCAGCAUAUGGAAGAUAUUGAAAGGUUGAUUGUAGAGAGUGCCCAUUGGUCUUGGGUCUCCCUCAUAAAGUAUCCUUUUAUUGUUCCUUGGGUGUCAAUAUGUAUGCUUCUUAUAAUUCUCUUUAAUCUUAGGUUUAAAAAGACAAGACAGGAGUCUCCAUUUCUUAGGCCUCAUCUAAUCUGGAAUUCCCUUGAAUAUUCUUCUUGAACCUUGAUUUUGCUUUUUGAGUUGUGUAAUGUUACAUGAACCGUAUCAGUCUUGUCAGUUUUUUGGGUAAGCGAAACUCCUGCAGAGUCUCAUAAAGAUAUAUUCUUUUGAUGCUGUCAUAGGCCAUUUUAUAGUCCACAUAGAGUUGAUGUACUUGGAUAUUAUAUUCGCAACAUUUCUCUAAUAGUCAUCUGAUCAGUCGUUGAUCUAUUCUGCCUGAAUCCCCACUGGUAGACACGUUAUAUAUCUUCAGUGUAGGGUUGUAGUCUUUUGGCUUGUCAGUAUUUUGUAUGUAACAUUUAAUUAAAUAGGGAAAUUCCUCUGUAGUUUGAGCACUGAAGUUUGGAGCCUUCCUUGUGUAUUGGGGUUAUAAGUGAUGUUUCCCAUUCUGUUGUUAUUUUCUCUUCUUGUCAAAUUUUAGCUAUAAGUUUGUGUCUGAGGCUGUAGUUCCCUGCCUAGGUAUUUAAUAAGUUCUGCUGUGAUGAGGUCUUUCUUCUCCACGGGCUUUGUUGUUUUUCAUAUAAUCAAUUACUUCUGUAUAUUCUUCUAGAAUUGGGGACCUUAUUAAAGGUCUGGUCCUCCAUGUGGUGGUUGAUAAUAUUGUCUAUUUAGAUGCUGUGUGGCACAUGUCUUAUAGAUGCUGAAUAGGUCUAUAGGAGAAUGAGGAUAGCAUAAAACAAAACUUAUUUUCACUAUUAUUAAUUGUUCAAAAUUUGAAAUAAUUUUUUUUUUAAACAGAUCAAAUUAAUUUUUAACAUAUAUUUAUUAUUGAAAUGUCCAACAAACAAUUUUAACAUGUCCAAAUUAGCUACUCGAUAGUUGAUAAUGAUAUAUAUAAUUGAAAGUUAUUUUGAUUGUGUCUAUUAUUUAUUUAUUUGUAACCUCAUUAGCCUGAGGGCCCCAAUUUUGAGAUCCAGCAGCUCCAUGAAACAAAUUGGUUUGUUGGUAACUUCACAACACCUGCCAACUUUUUUCAUGCCAUGAGAAGACAGAUGGCUCUCUCAUUCAGGAAGCCCGUGAGUAGUUCAUCCCUUAUAUCAGUGCUGUCCAGUCCGCAACAUGAUCGCCACAGAUUUUAUGAAGUGUGGCAAUAAAUAAACAUUAUUAUUGCUUUUAACAUUGUUGGGAAAUCAUGUGAGAACACAGGAGAAGUUGUAACAGAAAAAGGGAGAGGUCCCAAAAGCCAAGGAGUAAAAUGGCUUGACACAUUGCAAAAAUUUAUAUUAAGCACGUCAGUAAAACAACCAUUAGGGUGCCUGGGUGACAUAAAAUGGGAUACUAUUUUCUCGUUCUUCUUUUGCUUUUACAGGGGAGGCGCCAUGGGGUGUCGGGUAUAAUUAUUAACAGCUUUGAGGAAGAUGAAUGGGAAAACUAAAGUAAUUGGAUGUGUAGCUAUUUGAUCAUUGUAAAUAUGUCCACGCCCACACCAACGGGACCAAGUUAGUAGAUAGGUGAGCAUAGAAAGUUAACUACUGCCAGGAAAGUUUUUGGGGUGAGAGUAAUUGAGAAGGGAGCUGGGGUACUAAAGGUGUCACAAUUGGCAGUGAACCAUUUAUGGUACUAUAUUAUUUAAAAAGUCUAGCCAGGUAUGGGCGAGUGUUUGUCCAUCCUGAAUCGUUGCGACAAGUACCUGGUAUUCAGAAUAUGAGAUUCAUUGAGUAGUAAGCAGAAUACAAGUUGUGUUUGUGGUUAAUGCCAUUCAAUUGUGUGUCACAAUAGCAACAAUUCUUGAAAUUAUUUUUGUUGAUACACAAUCAUAAGAAUGUGUGGCAAAAUAAAUUCUGGAUGACUUAAGUUUCUUCUGAUGGAUUUCCAAAACUAAGGAUUGAAUUGAAUAUCUAUAUAGCGCUUGCAUCCAUUCUACUUUCGCAUGCUCACAGCGCUCUGAUGUUCUUAAAUUCAUUUAAAUAAAAAAAGUCUUUAAAUGUUUCUUAAAUGAUUUUUUAUCAUUUUCAAUGUUCUCCAAAGAUACGGGCAAACUGUUCCAUAAUUUUUACGCUCUCGCUUCAAAAGAGCGCACUGUGUUGAAGACUGCAGGUUCUUUAAGGAUACAUGUUAUAAAUCAGUUCUUGAUAUUCCGGUGCAGAGCCUUCUAUACAGCUGCACGCCAGGGACAGAAUUUUGUGGUCAAUGCCCUCACCUACAUGAAGCCAAUGAAGAUCUCUAAGAACUGGGGUGAUGUGGUCAGAUUUCUUUAUCCGCGAUGCAAUGCGUGCUGCAGUAUUCUGUACCUUCUGGAUUCUCUGAAUUUGGUUCUGAGGUAAACCCCACAAACAUCUGUUACAGUAAUCUAAUCUUGACUGGAUUAGAGUUACUGCUACGGCAUUGGCUGUUCUCUUAUUGAGUUGAGGACGCAGCUGAUCCAGGGCGCGCAGAUGACAGAAGCAUGCCCUGACCACAGAACUAAUAUGGGGAAUCAUUCUAAGUUUACUGUAUAUAUAAAAGCCAAGGUCUCUGAAAGUGGAGGACAACGGAAUCUCAGAAUCACAAACUUUAUUUGAUGCGAUGGCAACCUUCCGAAGAUUGGCAUCCAAACCACAAAUAAUUGCCUCAGGCUUAUCAUCAUUUAAUUUUAGUCUGAUGACAUCUAUUCUUUCACUACAAGACAGCAUUCCUCGACAGCCUGAACAGCAGUAGCACACUCCAAAGGAUCAGGGCGGAAAGCCUUGUACAGCUCUGUGUCAUCCACCAAUAAUUAGCAGGAAAUACCAUGACUUUAAAUAAUUCUGUUUAGCUGGCUAGUGGACAUGGAGAACAGAAUAGGUCCCAAAACUGAGCCCUGUGGCACGCCACAGGUAACAGAAGUAUCCAUGGAAGAUGCUUGCUUCACUACAUACAAUGAGAUUGUAAUGGAAACAAAGGAAAAGGUAACAAAAUUUUGACCAUGUUUUUGGAAGCACCUGCAUCUGAAAUGACCAACAUAAAGUCCAAAAAAUGUAACGUUUUGACAGGUGAAUUUUUAGAAAAUCUAACAAGGGCAUUUGCUACUGAUAAAUUUGAUACCUAUUCAGAAAAAUUGCAAAUACAAUGCAAAGCAAAAUAUAUAAUUAAAAAGGGCUAAAAUUGUUUAAAUUCACUCCAUUUAUAUUCUUGAUGAGCCGAUAAUGCUAUUGGAUAUAAGACUCUUUAUGUGUAAGGUAAGAAGUAUUUACAUGAAUAAUUUUCUAAAAAGUAUAAAAAAAAAAAAAAAAAAUCUUUCUUUAGAAAGAAUAAAAAAAAAAAAAAAAAAAUCUUUCUUUAGAGAUCAUUUGCUGGCCUUGGGAUAGAGGAAAAGUUUUUUUUGACCCACGUAUUCAAAAAUGGUUGGACAGCACUCCCUUACAUAUUUUCCUAAUAUUUUUGUUGAAUACGAUUUAAAUCAAUGUACACAAUGCAUAUAAACCUUACUAACUGAUAUUAAGAAAUUUAAUGUUUACCAUACAUUUCAGCAAUAUCAUUCUUUUCUGAUAUGAUAAUUCAUACAUGUUUUUAUUACAGUUUUUAAACAUGAUUUUUUUGUAUUUAACAGAAAUGUUGUCUUUCUUUGUCAGCUUGUUGUUUGUACUCCCAAAUCUCUGCUCCGUCUGCCUGAGGCCCGCUCCAGCUUUGACGAUAUGAUUGAAGGCACUCGUUUUCAGCGACUCAUUCCUGAAAGUGGAAAGUCAGCUCAAAACCCAGAUGGUGUUAAGAAACUUAUAUUCUGCACAGGAAAAAUUUAUUAUGAGUUGAUUAAAGAGAGGGAAUCCAAGAACCUCCAAGAAGCUAUUGCUAUAUCUCGUGUGGAACAGGUGGGUUGUUAGUUAGAAAGUCUUUUUCUUUGGAACUCCUGAAUUUAAGCUACACUGUGCAGUAGGGGUUAGAUAGACUAUUUAAACAGAUAAACUGUGUAAGUAAUAAAGAAAAAACCCACAUGUGUAUAACAUUAAAUAUGUCUAUGAACCCAUAAAGUACCAUACUGAACAUUUAUUUUCUACAGAAGCUAAGUUAGUAUGAACUCAAUCUAAGCAAUAUAAAAAUAAUCAUUAUCUCUACAUUUCAUUUGUUGCCUUGUAAAUUAUAUUUUUGGUAUAACCUAACCUAAACUCCACCCUAACAUUAAACUUAGCCAAGUAAAACUGAAAAGACUGAUUUAUUGGCAUUACUUGGAACCUGUUGUUCCAAUUUUUUCACAAUAUAGCAUUUUUUCAAAAAAAGAUGCUUAAUCAUGUGAUAGAGGGCUUCUUCUUGAAGUCUAGGAAUAAUACUACUAGGACAAUAAUUCAUUUCUAAGUGAGGAAAAUAAUUCAUUUUUAAGUGACCUUACACAAUGUAUUUAUGGACUACCUCUGGCAAACAAUCUUAUUUCAGUGCACAAUAACAAAGAUGUUAUCUGAGCUUCAAUAGAUAUGCAGUUAUUUUCAAAAAGGAAGGACCAUGUUUUUGAAUUGAUGUAAUUUACCAUAUUGUUGCUUAUAAUCUAUUUGAAACUUAGGAUCUUUUAUUCAAAAAUAAAAAAAGUGUGUAGCUAUAAUACUUGGGAUUACAAUCUUUAAUAUUUAUAAAGGUAACCAUUUUUUAAAUAAUUGAUCCUACCCUAAAUGGAAUGCCCAGGUCCUGUGAAAUUUAAUUUAUUAUAAAUGUGACAUAAUAUGAGGAAUUUUCAUAAUUUUAGUUGACUUCUUUUACCAGAGACCUCUGGUUAAUAACUGUUCUGCUAAAUCCCAUUUGCCUAUUCUGACUUUUCAAAAAACUACAAGAAUGCAAGAACUCCAAGGCUUAUGAAAAUUAGGUCAUGCUUGCAUAAAUGCAGGUGUUUUAUUUUCAUAUAUAGCUUUCUUUAAAGUUUAUUACAGUAAAGUUAAGAAAUUUCUGUUCAUUUUAAGAAGUUUUCAGGUGAAUCUUGUGCUUUUUAUAAUCAAUGUAGAGCCUUAAAUAUUUUAGUAAAAUGUAGGAAUUUCAUUUUUUACUAUUAUAGGCUUUUUAAAAAUUAUGGCCACUUAAAAUAAUUUUCUACAAAAUUAGAAUUUAAUGUGUUACUAUUUUGCUGAGAUAUAUGAAAUGGAUUUUAAAGUUUGUUUCGACUUGAUAUAAAUGUAUAAACUAUUUGUUCCUUAUAACUUUAGCUGACACCAUUUCCAUUUGACUUGGUGAAAGUUGAGCUAGAGAAAUACCCUAAAGCUAAAGUAUGCUGGGCACAAGAGGAGCACAAAAAUGCUGGAGCCUGGAGUUACAUUAGACCACGCAUUAAGACUGUGCUUAGGAAACAAGGGAUUUACAGAAAAAUAGAGUAAGCAACAAUAAAAAAAAUAACAACCAAAAAACCCUAAUUUAACAAUUGACUCAUUUAUAUAACCAGUAGACCUAAUGACAGUUAGUUAUAUUUCAACCUAAGGGACUAAACUCACAGACUUAUUUUUUGUGUGCACAUUAAUUAUUAUUUUUAAAAAUAAUUGAAUAUUUAAUAUCAUUUUAGAUAUUUAAAAAAGUUUUUAAUAUUUUAAAAUGUGCAAAUGUAAGUUGUAUAACUAUAUCUAUCAUCUAAAUAGUUUGAGGAAAAUAUGCCAAUGUCAUUAAUUUGUUAAGAAAAGUUAAGUUUUUAAAUAAAGAACCAACACAAACCAGGUUUGAUGCAGGUGAUGGAAAUAAUUGGGACUGUUAAUUACCAUGGACAUAAGUACAAGUUAUUUAUUAUUUAGUUAAUACAUUUUUUAUAUGGUGUUAAGUUUUAGCUUGUUACCCAAAUUUGUCAUCUUAAUAUUGGGACAAUUCUUCAAACUAAAUAUUUUUCUUAGCAAUAGGAGAAGAAGAAGUUUUUCUAUUGACAAAAUAUUAUGAAACUUAUUAAAUUGUUAAGCAACUCAUUAUUUGUUAACAACUUAUCCAUAUUUUUCAAUACUAAAAAGUAGGCUAAAAAUGUGAUUUGCAAUGCAAUCAUUCAUAUAUCAAAUAUAGUAAAUUAUGUUAAUUAGGAGAAAUUUUUUCUUGACUUAAACUGAACCUACAUUUUAUUGUUCAUUUAUUUAAUAUUUAGGUAUGCUGGUCGCUUCUCUUCAGCUGCUGCAGCUACUGGUAACAAACAAAUGCACCUCAUGGAACUAUCACAGCUAUACGAAACUGCUAUGGACAUUUCACCCACUCCUCGGCAAAAAUAAAUCCUGACUAGCUGAUUUCAUAGCAGAUCUUGUUUGUUUAGGAUUUGUUGAUUUUUUGGUUUUUUUGGUGACUAAGGAGAAACAUCUGAACUUCAUAAGAGACUGACUCUUGAUACAUUUUAUGCAUCUUGGUUGAAAUGUUUAAUGAAUAGAAACUUGGCUAUUAAAUAAAACAGAAGAAGAAAUGCUUUAGUUUAGUUAAAAUUGCUUGCACUGUAUCUCAAAGGUUAAAAUUUACCAGAAUUUUUUUCCAGGGCAAGUGGGAGAUUGUGCUACCAAGUCCUGAUUUCUAUGUAUUAAAUAAUAUUAUAUUCUAAGGCUUUUUUAAAAAUUAAAUAAGCUUAAACAAGUAGCAUAAAAUAGUAAUCAAAAUGAAUAUAUUGUAUUUUUUUAAUUAGUGUCCAUAUUCGAGAUGUUUACUUGAUUUUUUUAAAAUUUAUUUAAAUAGUUUGAUUUUUGUGUUUUACUUUUUCUCUGUAAUAUCAAACGGGUGAUGUAAAAUCUCAAACUAUAUUUUUUUUAAAACUACAAUUAUUUUUGCAAAUCUAUUUCAGCAUGAUUUAAUUCAGUCAUUUAUAAGUAAUUCUUUUAAGCAUGUUCAGUUAUUACAUAAUAACUUUCAAUUAAUUGAUUUAUUAGUUAAUAACAUAGGUAUGCAAGAAAACAUCAACCCCGGAAAUUAUUUGUGUUUCAACAUUAUUUUUUUAUUUAUCUUGUAGGUCUGCCGUAAUGUCCUACUAGUUACAUGCGUUCCUUUAUUUCAUUAGAACAAAUGUUGAAUAGAACAUAAGAAAAUAGAGUGUAUUGCUUUCAAACACAAAGUACCUUAUUUGGAAAAUAUGGGUGAACUUUUUAUAUGUGCUCAAAACGUGCUUGUCUGUGGAUCAAAAACUUAUGUAACACAUUCAUUGUGGUGGAGACCAAUCAUUUAUCUCUUGUAAAAACAAACGAGAUCUGAAUUUUCCUUUCCGAAAUUUAACAACAAUAAUUUUAAUAGAUGGUUCCUACAAGUAUAACCAUGAACAUUAAUAUGUGCCACAAUCCAACAUUUUGGAUUCCACUAAAUUAUAAGAUUUACAGAGACAGGAAAUGAAAGUUUUAUUUUUAAAAGACUGACUAGACACUCUAUAAUUUUAGCUUAUCUGAUUAGGCACAAACCACACACUCUACAAUGACAAAGACAGUGUUUGGGACUAAUUGAAAGCUUUUGAUUAUGUAAAAUGUUGUAAAAAGGCUCUAUUAGUUGUCACCAUCAUCAAAUGACAUAAUCACAUUUAUUUUAUUGAUCAAGAGGAGAAUUUCUGGUGGACUAUUGUUACCAUAAAAUUAUAAUGGUAAUAUUAUAUAGUGUUUUUUCCCUCAAAAACUCUUAUAUUCAUAUGAGUACACCUUUUUUUAAAAACUUGACAUACAUCAAGAGCUAAACAAAUCUAGAGCUUAUGAUUUUAAAACAUUUAUUCUCAUUUUUUAAACAAUACAUAAUUUAAAUUAUUUGACUAACAAAAGAAUGCUUGUUUGAAAGAGAGAAAUCUUAGGGAUUGCUGUUUUGUCAUGAAAUGAUGCACAUAAGUGUUUAUACAUACAAUAAAUAUAUAUCUAUCAAUAAAAUUUGAUUCAAAACUUAACUUGUCUCUGAAUCUGAUGCUUACUGGUAAGUCUUGCUAUCUGCCAUAGCUUUUCACUUUAAAGUAUGUACAGAAAACAUGGCAAUGAAUUCAAUGUGCUUUCAUUUUCAAGAUAAUGAGACACAAUUUGUAAAAAAUAAAACUAUAUGUUAGGCUUCACUGAUGAGACGGAUACAAAUUCAAACAUUUUGGAAAAUGCUUUCAUCUGUACAUCAAAAAACAAUAUACCAUAUUUAUUGGCAUACAACAAGCACUUUUUCUCCCCGAAAAUAGGGGGCAAAUCAUGUGUGCG